GUGACAAUCCCUAUUACCCCUUGUAGGUGAAAUUUGUUGGUGUGUGGGUAUGGGUCGCUGUCUUUUAUGCGAACUCCCCCCGUGCCGCGCGGUCCGCACGUGGUGCGUGGUGGCCAAGUGUGGCCUGAUUUCACAGUUCUGAUGAAGACAGACAGAUGCGGGCGUUGGUGCGUGGGUGCUGGAGGUAGAGCAGGAGGAGGCAAGGAUCAGGACGUCUAGGAGGCGACAACCCCGAAUGUUCGCCGCACGGAGCUUUCGGCGUAAUGUCGGAAUGGCUGUUGGGUCCCUCUCUUUCAACUACUUCGUGUGGUUUGUCUUUUGGAGAAUGCCACUA